AUGGGAAGAAGUCCUUGUUGUGUAAAGGAGGGACUGAACCGAGGAGCUUGGACUGCUCUCGAGGAUCAAAUUCUCAUAGACUACAUCAACACCCAUGGAGAAGGAAAAUGGAGAAGGAUUCCCAAAGAAGCUGGUCUAAAAAGAUGCGGAAAGAGUUGCAGACUGAGGUGGCUGAACUAUCUGAGACCUGGUAUCAAAAGAGGUAAUAUAACUCAGGAAGAAGAGGAUCUCAUCAUUAGGCUCCACAAGCUUCUGGGCAACAGAUGGUCACUAAUAGCCGGGAGAAUACCAGGACGAACAGACAAUGAAAUCAAGAACUACUGGAACACAACGUUAGGAAAGAAGGUUAAUAACGGCCAGGAUGAUGUUGUUGAGAAUAAGAAUGAGAAGAAGAAAAACAAAACCAAAUCGUUGACAAGGGUGCUGGACUCAAUUGCUGCCGUCCGUACAAAGGCAAUGAGAUGCAACAGCGUAGCAGUCACCUCGCACUUACAACCGCUCCCAUUAGUCGAAACUGUUCAUGGUGUUGCUUUGGACGAGGGCAUAAAGAACUCCGAGGAAGACAACGCCACCUCUACUACUACCACAACCACUACUACUACUUCCACUUCAGAUGACUUUGUGUUAGAUUUUGAUGUGGGGAAGCUGUUUAAUGUGUCGGAAAAUAUUCCGGAUAGCUCCGACGACUACUGGGAACUAUGUCAGUUUGGUGGCGGUAACAAACGCUUGGAGGAGGAGCAAUACGGUGGCGAUAUCAAUAAUGGUGGUGGUGGCUCAAACAAUUACAAGUUGUCCUCAUCAGCUAGCUGUGAACCAACCUUGUUCUCGGAGGAAAUGCUCAAGGAAUGGAUGAAAGAGGACUGUUUCCAUCAUCUUCAAAGUUGA